ACUUUCACUGUGUUUGUGAUCUCUAAUCGUCGGGGAAGAGUGCGCCAUUAAUGCCAUGCGGUAUUUGUUAUUCUCAACAUGCGCGUUUGGCCUUGGCGUGCUGGUCGGCAACAUCUUCAGUUCGAAUAUAAAUAGGUCCCACCGAAGUUCGAAACCAUUCCUGGCAGAUUCUGCAAGUCAGACAAGAAGUCCGACUGUGGCGAAUCCAGUGACGGAAACGGUGAGUCCUUUGACCGAGCUGGUGAGUCCUGCAAUGUCAGCGAGUCCAUCUUCGGAGACGGGCCAAACGCAAGAGUGUCAGGAGCUACGAAGGCCGACACAGCUGCGUGUGGACGGAGAUUUCCUGAAACGCGAUGGCCAGGAAGUCAUCAUGGAAUUGCCCAAGGUGGUCAAGUGUGAUCCAUUGGAGCACUUACUAGUCAUCAACUUGGAGGGUCCAGGCGGCCAAGCUAGAAGAGAUCACAUCUACGAAGAGUUUGAACGGGGUGGCCUAAAAGGACGUUUCAAGUUUUGGCCAGCUGUGAACUUCCAAAACAACGAGCGCUUGGCCAAAGAGACUGGAAAGAAGGAGUGCCCUUGUGAUCCCAAGGUUGGAUGUGCUUUGAGCCACCGGGAAAUCUAUGAGAUGAUGCUCUAUGAGAAAUGGCCUUGCGCCACCAUUUUUGAAGAUGAUGUUGGUCUGGCCACCAACUUCAGUGAACGUGUGGCAGCAGUUACAGAUAGCCUACCUCCGUUUGAUGUGGUCCUUUGGGGUUUUUGUCCCGGUGGAGCAAAGCCUCGACAUGAGUCUCCUGAUAAGACAUCCAUACCCAAAGUGAAGUAUGGCUGGCCGGGAUCAUGUGUACAUGCAUACACCGUGAGUUUGCAGGGCGCCUAUGUAUUGACAGCUGCGAAUACUCCAGUGAUCACCCCACCAGAUGGUGCUAUGGAUGGCAUGCAUCACUGGAGGAAGGAGGUGCGAACGCAUAUUGACAGGUCAGCAGGGAAAUAUACGGGAUCCUACUGGUAUGUGGAUCCAAUGCUGGCCUUUCAGCCAGAGAAAUCUGAUAACCUCGGUGGUGGUGUGUAGCUGGUGUAGCAACACGCACUGUUGUACACAUGAUGCAGCUGGGGAGGUGAGGACGGGUAAACUCAUUGAGCUCCUUCUAUUGGCUAUG